AUGUCAUCAUAUAAAAUAUAUGAACAUAUAAAAUUCUGUAUAACCUCGUCUAAUUCUCCAUGUUGUCUUUCCGAAAAAGUUCGUCAAAAAUCUAGAUUGAUAACUUAUAUUUAUGACGUUUUGAAUGUUGCCUUAGGGAUUAGAACCGCGCAUUUAGUUGAUGUAACUUUUCUAACUUAUGAAGAAACUACCAAGCUCAUAGCAUCUCUUCGUCAAGAAAUCCCUCAUAUAUGCGGCAUACAAUUCUCAGAUACUCAUAUAUUCAUAUGUAAUAUAGAUUUAUUAUCAGCAAAGCUCAAGCUUGAUCUUCAUAAUGAAUUCAAGGAUAUCGCAUUCAUAGACGUAUCCAAAAAAAAUGUCGAGCCCACGCAGGUCAAUGUUCCCAAUUCGUUGAUGCAUUUCUUGAGAACACAAAUUCAUCCAUUUAUUUUUCAAGAAAAUCCGGAUUCAAUUUUAUUCGUUUCUCAAACUCCUCAAUGUAUGAUUUCUUUCACUGGGUGGAUUUUAGAGUAUCAAGUUAUAUACGUUCUAGAUAGUACUUCAUCGGAUGAAGAAAGUUCAUUUGGUUCGCAAAAUAUCAUGAUGAAUUGCCUUGGAAAUCAAGAAUUAAUAUUGUAUCGAAUCUUCCUAAAGAAAACAAUUGAUAACAUGAAAUCUGCCGAGGAAAUCCAAAGACAUAUGUUAUUAAGUUUUAGUUGCCCUGCUAGAAUUAUAAGUUCUUUUAAUAACAACCCCAACAAAGAUACCAUUUCCGUCAGAUUAAACAAUAUUUUUAGUACCAGGGUCGAACAGAAUAAGUCAUUUUGGAAUAAAGGGUUGGAAUUAGAGGUUAGCGAUGUUUGUUUACCAGUUGUAGUUUUGUAA